CCAUAUGGCCGUUUGAGUAAACGCGUAGGAAAUCCCGUAUCCAUUGUUUUGUCCACAUCCGUUGUUUCGGUAAUGUUAGUACCAUUUUGUCGAACUUCUACUUUACUUCUUAAUGUAUAUCAAAAGCCCAUUAAAUCACUGUGUGUUCGGGCAUUCUCUACUGAGGUAAAUAGGGCCGAAAUUGAAGAACGUGUACUUAAUGUGUGCAAGGCCUAUGAUCGGAUCAAUGCGGACAAGCUAACAUCCUACUCCUUAAAGUUAACGGUCCAAUCAAAUUUUAUGAAAGAUUUGGGUCUUGACAGUUUGGAUCAUAUUGAACUCAUUAUGGCGAUCGAAGACGAAUUUGGCGGAGAAGCUAGUGACGCCUUUCGAUAUCGUAGAAAUGCUGUACAAGGUCAAGGUCCGCAAAGUUAA